UACUCGUUUAGAUUGCUUCGUACAUGUCUAUGUCUGUCUUUCUUACGUACGUAUAAUAUUCGGAAUAUUGAGCAAAAUAUGAAAGUGAUAAUUACUUUUUUCAUUUAAAUGUGGAUAUGAAAAAGUAAAAAUCUAUUUGUGCUAGUGACAAUCUUGUGUUUACUAGUGAAGUAUUCAUUAAAGACCUUGAUAGAAUAAGGACAAUCGCUGUUGGUUGUACAAUCGCGCAAUAUGGCUGCCGAGAAGAAAGUGCAGAAAUAUAAUUUCGAUAAAAUAUGUCGCGCUUGUUUACAAGUGAAAAAGGAUAUGAGACCAUUAUUUGAACAGCUGACUGCAACGAUGCUGAUGGGGAUAUCAAAAGUGCAGGUUGCUAUUGGGGAUGGUCUUCCUCACCAACUAUGCCUGCAAUGCGUACACCAAAUAUCAAGAUGCCACGCCUUCAAAGAGCUGGUGGAAAGAAAUGAUGGUGUACUGCGUGAACAGAAGAUCAAGGAUGAUGAGGAACUGCAAAAGAAUGAGGCAGAGAAAUCCCUAACGAUAACCUGUUCAGAAUCGGCGCCAUACAUCCAGUUCAUUGAAGUCCCAACUCUGAAUAGCAAUCAGAUACUGGAGGGAUUCUUUUCGGACACGUCAGAUCAAAAUACUGCUAAUGUUACCCAAGAGAUACUGCCUAAAGAAGACUUCGAUAUUGAUAAGCUUCAACCGCCGGCUCCAGCACCAGCCGAAGUAAAAGAGGACAAAGGCUUCAACUCGGAUGAAGAGAACUACCUUCAAAUGGUUGUCUUCCAAACCACAUGUGCUGUGGGGCCAGGACGACAUGUCUGCAAUCUUUGCCAUAAGGAGUUCAAGCAUGCUCGAUGGUGGAAGCAGCAUAUGCGAUCUCAUACUAACUGGAUUAAAGCGAACUGCAAGAAGCCCCCGAGUUGUCCGAUUUGUGAGAGGACUUUUAAAGGCCCAGGUAUGUUAAAGAUGCACAUGCGCACCCAUGAGCAGAGACCUCCCAAACAGCCCACUUGUUCCGUCUGCCAACGCACUUUCUCCACCAAAACCCUCCUCUACAGACACAGACAGACACACUUCGAGCAGAAAACGCACCAGUGUACUGUGUGUGAGAAACGGUUCUUUAGUGGUUACGCGUUAAGGUCGCAUAUGGCGCGGCAUAGGGGGGAGAGGCCGUACAUAUGUGCUGUGUGCUCUAAGACGUUCUAUAAUCCGACGGAUUUGAAGGUCCAUUUCCGCCUACACACGGGUGAGAAACCGUUAAAAUGCUCCGAGUGUAACAAAGCCUUUCGAAGACAUUCGACGUUAUGCCAGCAUAUGAAAAAGCAUAAAGGGAUUCGGAACCACGUCUGCAAUAUUUGCAAUAAGGCUUUCUAUGAAGUGUCGAAGUUAAACGCUCACAUGCGAGUGCAUACAGGCGAACGCCCGUUCGAGUGUCAGUUCUGCGAGCGUCGGUUCGCGCAGCAAUCGGCGCUGAUCUACCACCGGCGCACGCACACCGGCGAGAAGCCGUACAGCUGCAAGCUGUGCUCCGCCAAGUUCACCACCUCCUCGGCGAGGAAUAACCACCUGAUGACGCAUACGGGCUUGAAGAAAUUCGUUUGCCCCGUCUGCCUGAAGGGCUGCACGUCGCGCACGGAGCUGCGCGUGCACUCCAGCAAGCACACGGGCGAGAAGCUGUUCGGCUGCGGGGUCUGCUCGCAGCGGUUCAGCUCGGCGUCCUACCUCGCGGUGCACAAGCGGUACCACACCGCCGAGAAGAAGUACCAGUGCGGCGUUUGCGGGAAAGCAUACAUGGAGUCCAGCUCCUACAAAAAGCACCUAAAAACGCACGAAACCGACAAACAAGACGCCGAAAGUUCCACAGACAGCACACCGCUCGAAAAGAAAGAUGAAGAAGAUGCAAAAACGCAAGAACAGGAGCAGACUCAAGAAGUGACAGUUACAGAGAACGGACAGAAACGCUACAAGUGCGGGCUCUGCGUUAAGAGCUAUAUGUACCUACAUAGCUUGAGGAAACACAUGCUCAGUCACGUGCAGAUGUGUGUGUUCAAUCCGGAUGGCUCGGAGAAACUGUACGCAUUUAGGAAUCAACAACAACAAAUCGUUCAAGACCAACAACAACAGCAGCAGCAGCAACAACAACAGCAACAACAACAACAGCAACAGCAGCAGCAGCAACAACAACAACAGCAGCAGCAGCAGCAACAUCAGCACCACCAAUUGCAGCAAGUACAGCUGCAGCCGCAGCAGCAAGUGCAACAGUUGCAACAACAAGUCGUGCAAGUGGGCAGUGUGCAACAGCUUGCCGUUCCUAUACAUCAACACGUUCAGAAUGUCCAACAACAGUACCCUGUGAUAUCAUCAGUACAAUCCCUUCAGUUACAACAGACGCAUCAGCACAUCAACUCCCAGCCCCAACAACUUCAAGUGCAGACAAUACAAAUACAUCCACAGCAACAGCCUAUUCAGAUUCAUGCUGUUGGUGUGCAGCAGGUGCAACAAGAACAAUUACAUGUUGCUACUUCUACUUGCCAGACAAUGUUACCCAAUAUUUUACAGCUCCAACCAGCGACAGUGGUUUCUGGCUUGAGCCAACAAGACUUGGGAGGUGUAGCUCAUAGAAUUAUACUCCAGCAACCUACAGGAACCCAUCCAGCUGUUUAUACCAUACAUCACUAA